CGUGAGCACUCUUCAUCAAUUGUAUAAUUACUAUCAAGUUUAGUCCCCUCUGUGGAAACUGCCCCUCCCGCACCAGCAACAAUGUUCUCCCGAAGCCUCAGGUCAACAAUAACCCCACCUUGCUCUUCCUCCUCUUUUCGUCCCCUCUCUUCCGUCUUUAAUUGCAACCAACCUCAUCUUCAAUCCUUCCGUACCUUCCAUCAAACCGCCGUCAGGAUGUCCGGAAACAAGCAGGUCUACUUCGACGUUUCAUACGCCCCUGCGGGCUCCAGCACCGCUAAGACGGGCCGCAUCGUCUUCAACCUCUACCAGGAUGACGUCCCCAAGACUGCCGAGAACUUCCGUCAGCUUUGCAAGCUCCCCGAGGGCCAGGGUUACAAGGGCUCUAUCUUCCACCGCAUCAUCCCUCAGUUCAUGCUCCAGGGUGGUGACUUCACCCGCCACAACGGCACCGGUGGUCGCUCCAUCUACGGCGAGAAGUUCGCCGACGAGAACUUCAAGUUCAAGCACAGCCGUCCCUUCCUUCUGUCCAUGGCCAACGCUGGUCCCAACACCAACGGCUCCCAGUUCUUCAUCACCACCGUCGUGACCUCCUGGCUCGAUGGCAAGCACGUCGUCUUCGGCGAGGUUGCUGAUGAGGCCUCCAAGGCCAUCGUCUCCGAGAUCGAGGCCGUCGGCAGCUCCUCCGGCACUGUCCGCAGCCCUGUCAAGCCCAAGAUCGUCAACUGCGGUGAGCUGUAAAUUAGUUAGCCACUUCAAGAUAGAUGGCAGCUUUACUGCUGUCCACGUACAAUACUAAGUGUGCUCUCGCU